GUAUUGUCUCUCAAAAACACCGCUUAGUUUACUCUUAAUUCAGCUCUCUUUACAUCUUAUGUUUCUUUAGUUUUGAAUAAUUUAAUGGAACUAAGCUAGAUCCCAAAGCUAUUCUGUUCAAGAUCAACCGAAAAAGAAAAGGCACAUUAAGAAAUUAUUUUUAAUUUUGCUUUUUUGUAAAAGCAGUGGUCAACAUUAUACAUAAUAAAAUUAAAACGAGGAAGAAAUCAAACAAAAUCUAGGCAGCAUUAUUAUUGGACAUAUAUCUAUCUCUUUAUCUCAAUAUAUCUUCUUCUCACAAUAUCAGCGGAGCAUAACGAGGAAAUGAAGGAAGAAUGGUUUUGUUGUCUUUUUCCCAAAAAUCUGGAUUAUUUGAUUAAUUUUAGUGCCACAAUAAUCACUCCGCUCAUCAUGCCCAUUCCACGGCUAAUUACUUUGUCUUCAUUUUCCUCCCAUAAGAUAAGACCCUAGAUAUCAUUGACCGCAGCCAUUGCAUGUUUCAUUCCUCCAUGCGCCGACGUUUCGACUUCCCUUCACUAUUCAAUAUAGGUACUAGUUAAGAGAUUCGGAGUAUUCCCGUUGAACUUCUGUCUUCUAAGUUGAAUAUUAUAAUUAAUUCGGCCGAUAAUGAAGUUCAAUCGUGAUUUUAGUUAUGGUUUGGCAAUAGACUGCGAUCUAAUAAGUCUAACUAAAUCCUUUAAGAACUAAAGUUGACGGGGGUUUUAAUAUUUUGACUUUAAACAUCAAAUUAGCCUUAUAUAUUAUUAGAAUUAAAGUUUGUACUUUAAACAUCAGUUCGUGAUUAAGAACUGCUCUUUUUUCCAUACAAGUGGUAACAAAAGAGGUAACAACUGGUUAGAUAGUGUCAACAGUUGAUUUCACUGUGAAAUAGUUGUGCCUUCUAACUUUGAUCAAUCAAACAAAUAUAUAUUUGAAUAGUGCAUGUUGUUGGUUAAGUUUAGAAUGGGGUUCAUGUCUGUAACUCCAUCAUUAAUAUUUAUUUUGAAAAAAUUCUCCUCGUAACUCCUACCCUAAUAAUUAUUUACAGAAUCGAAUGCCUGAAUAUGUCAGACAAAAUAAUGACGCAGUCUCCAAACAAUCCCCCCCAUUUUUAUAUAUCAACAUGCAAUGAUGCAAAAACAAAACUAAUCCCGCUGAUUAGUAAGAACAAAACCAAUUAACCAACUAAGCCCACAAUUAAUGGCAUCUCUCGUAAACUACCCAUAUAUCAAUAUAUGUAGUCCAUAGAUUACAGUUUCUGGCCGACGGCAAGUCUAUGUCGCAUAACGUUCGUUGAGAUGUGGCAGAUGGUUGACCUAAUUAAUGAACUAUAAAUAAUUUGUAGGUUUCAUCACCCAACCAAUAUAUAGAGUAUUCAUUUGUAGCAGUUUCCUUUGUUUUUGUUUUUGAGUUUUGGGUUCGGUUUAGGUUAGACUUAGAGCAUGCUAGCUUGCAGUGGCAGUGGGUGGCUGGCUGACCGAGUUUAAUUUGUUAUAAGAUAUGUGCGAAGAAGAGAAUUUAUACCUCUAAUUAAACAAUACAACGGGUAAUAAAACCGCCAACUCAGCACUCGAUGUUUGGGUUGUAAAAACGGUUAGUGUUGUGGUACGAUUGAACAUCUCCCAACAGCUCGAGUUAUUGGGAUUAACUGAUUCUUUACAUGGUAUCAGAGCCUGUUGUGGCCGGGAGGUCUCGUGUUCGAAUCCCGAUGACCUCAUUUGGGAAGCACAUGUAUUCUCGUGUUCAGAACAUGUGGAAACGAAAGUCUCCUUAUGGGUUGACUGGCUUUCGUUUGAGGGGGCGUGUUAGUGUUGUGGUAUAUGAUCCACGAUUGAACCUCUCCCAACAACUCGAGUUAUUGGGAUCAACUGGUUCUUGACAAAAACUAACAUAAGUCAAAUAAUCGGUUAAAAAGCUAACCUCUUUAUAGAUAUGAUUGAGUAUCUCUAACUUUUCACUUCUUCCUUUGCAGUUCUCGAAAAAGCUAGCACUCAAGUAACAUACUAAUGAUUCGUUCGUGUUGAAUACGAGAGUAAGUUGAAAACGGUGUUGAAGUCCAGUUGCAACUCUUGGGUGUUCCAAGUCCCGUGUCUACAACCCCUCGAUCUAGAUGGCGGCCCAUAACUCUGUGCGAGUGAUCGAACAUCUUCCUAGACUCCUAGGUUCCUCUAAUGUACUAAUAACCCACUUCUUUUGCUACACCUAUUCACAUAAUACUCAUAUUUCACGAGCAAAAGCAAUAAGAGGCAAAAGGAAAAGAAGAUAGGAAAAAAUAUACGCAGAAGGGGAAGGUAAGGCUAAUCACGAAAGUAAUGUGUGCAAAAGGAAGACAGACAUCGUGACCUAACCACAUUGAGUUGUGGCUUUUUCUGCAUUUCGUGGAGCCAGCCACCCACAUAUCUAUCUCUAUCUAUAGCUCCCUUUCGAUUUUCCUUUCCCUGUUCCAAACUUUUGUCAUGAAAGCGAAUUGUUGCUUCUCCACAAGAUAUUGGUCAGUUUGGUAGUUGAGAGAUUCCACGUUUCAAUCUUUAGAACAAUUCAUAUUAACGGUCGAUUUAAGCACAUGAUACGAUUCAUUUAUACUACACGAAUUUCAAUUAUAGGAAUAUGCAAUUGCUAUAAGCAUCAUUUCCUUAAUUUAGUAGUUUGUAGUAAUAAAAACUGACUAACUAGUUUCAUAGGCAGACGAAUAGCCAAUCUAAUACUCGGUAAGGGUUUUGGCGUUACGUGAGAUCACUAAUGUAGUAAAAAUCUUGUUGUCGGUAACUAAAAUUUAACUCCAUCGCCAAAAUUCAUGUUUAUCAUUUCAACAUCUAUCUAAUGGAUAAUAUAUACAUCAAAUAGGAGCCAUCUCGGUUAUGUUUUUUUUUUAAACUAAUUUAGCUCUCACUAUAUUUGUUGAUCAAGCUAAGUCAAAAACAUCAUAAAGCCAAAGUAUUACGUACCGUUUACUACUCUAGUCUAGAAUGCAAAAUAGUAUAGGAAAAGGUGAUACAAUAAUGAGCUAAUCAAUUGCGUUUUGUUUAUAAUGUGUCCUAGUCACCCUUGAUUUAUGCUGCUAAUUAUGCACUUGGAUUAUAAAUAAUCGAAGAUGUCAGACCUUUUUUUUCCCUUUUCCAAAAGAUAAGACGCAUGCCAGACUUUUGUGAUAAUAACUAUGAUUAAUUAUUAAUUCCACAUCAUUCUUCUAAUUAAAUUCCAUUUACAAAAUCACAAUUUGGCAGGCGCCUAUUACCGAGUCAACAAAAUCCCCCCCGUAAAGUGGCAGAGCCCACAUUUGCACAAUAGUUAAGAUUAAUAUAUUGUAAAAUCAUGCGAAAUUUUAUAUUUGAACAAUUGGAUCCUUCAACUUCUGAUCGAUUCAAUUAAAUCUUUCAAUUAAUAAUUGGAAUGUCAUCAUUUGAACUACGUACAGUCUGAAGACUUUCAUUCGCUAACUCGUUAACUUGCAACGCCAUGCGAGUUGAUAGGAAUUCAAUUGUAAAUUCUAGGGCUCGACUAACCCUAUUUUAAUUUCAACGUACAUACUUGACCAAGUACUCGAUUGGUGUAGUUGGAAGAUUGCAGGGGGGAUAUAGACUAUGAGCAAAGAGGUUGAGGACUUUUGUGAACUAAGAUAGAAAUUGUGAACCAUGAUUGCAUUUUGCCUUCUUUUAUUUUUAUUCAAGGAGUGCAUUAUUGUACACUCCUGAUUCCUGAAUCAGUGAUGGAUGCAGGUAAAAGGGCAGAGAAAUCCCAUGCAUAUAAAUCUUUUGUCCCUCCUUAACUUCUGAUUGGUAAAAAUGGAUUUCUCUCUUCAAAAAACAUCAAGAUGCAGUCUACUUGAAAUAGGCCAUACCCCCAUUAUUGCAUGCUCAUAAAUCCCCUGCCAAUCCCUAAUAUUUUCCACCAUGUAGCAACAUUGCUUGGCUGCUGAUUGCUGAAUCAAAAGUAGUGCUUCUGCUUUUCUAUCAUUUGCGGGGUGGGAUACGAUCACUUUCUCUAAUAGGGUUGUGAGAUUCACAACCAUGGGCAUUUUGCGUAUGAAAAAAAUGAAUUUAUUAAUUAAUUUUGUUUAUAUUAACUACAGAUUGGAAAUUAAAAACUCAUAUUAAAUUAAUGCUUUUUUAAAAUUUAAAUCAUAAAAUAAAUACAACUCUCUCUCUUCCUUUUCUAGCAGUCACUCCACUUCGAUCGGCUGCCUUUUCGACUGACAGAUUUUUUCCGGCAAGAUCCUUGAAUCAGACUCGCUCCGGCCAACUGUAAAAAAUUAUCACUUCGUCAGUGCGCUAGUGGUACGCUACCACUACUAGUACAACGCUACCACUACUAUUACCUGGUAGUGGUACGCUACCACUACGAGGUACAAAAUGAUAGUGGUGCAAAAUGAUACCACUGCUAGAAGAAAAACAUUACCACUAGAAAAAACUAGAUCUGAAAAUUCAAAAAUCACAUAUCUGAAAAACGGAGGGAGGAGAAGAAGAGUAUAGUGGUAGAGGAACUCACACCGGAAGAGGCAAGGAAAGUUGGCACGACGACAUAGAGCUGGCAACGACAGGGGGUGGAGGGAGGCGGCGACGGUGGAGGGCUUGGCACGGGGUGAAGGAAGACGGAGGGCAGCGACGGUGUCGUCUGCUGUCGGAAAGGAGGAUUACGAUUAUUUAUUUAUUUAUAUUGGAGAGAUAAUGAUUGGGUGUAGUAAUAUUUUUUCCUUCCAAAAAUAUCAUUCUUUUAAUCCUAACCAUCAAUUAAAAAAAAUAGACAGGAGUGAGAGUGUAUCUAUUUGGCUAGGAAGUGGGUUGUGAGACCGUAUCACAUCCCAUCAUCUACCGUCGGAACAUGUACAAUCAUGACGACACAAACAUAUUAUAAUCGCUUAUAUUUUCUUAUGUCGAGUAUAUAUCAUAUUCAAUUCAUUUGCAAUUCAAGCAACCGAGAAACAUAAACACGUACGAUGCUUACUUCUCCUUUUACCAUCUUCAACAAGAUAGUCGAAUUCAUAUAACAACAUUCUCUUUUCAUUGUUAUAAUGAAGAGCACUUUAAGCAAAAAAUGUGUAGUGGUUUGCUUUUCUAGUUGUUUGAUUAAUCGUCGAAACAUAUACAUAAUCGGCACCAACACCGUUUCGAUACAUAUCAUAAUCAUUCAUUUGCAAUUCAAGUACACAUAAUUGAAAGACAUAAACACGGUGCUUACAUCUCUGUCUACCCUGUUCAACAAGAUAAUACAAUUCAUACAACAACAUUCCAUUUUUAUCGUCAUCGUAGAGAGUAGUUUCAACAAAGAUUGUGUAUGGACGAGAAGGGAAAAACAGAGUAAGAGACACGACGAAGCAGACGAAGCAGAUUAAAGCACAAGGGAGCAAAUCAGCCAUUUCCAUGCCGAGAACUACUUGUGCAUCAAAUCCGACAUAUGUCCCCACGAAACAGACAAUUAAGUGUUUACUUUUCAUCCUCAAGAGUGAGUGAAAGGCUUUCCCACAAUGAGCAAAAAUUGGUACCUUUCUUUUCUACGUGAGAAUCGUCACUUUACAAUGAGUUUUGUCUAUGAAAAUCUUUGCUAGUAAAUCAUGUACAAUAUCGUGCCAGAAACCAUGAGUUUUUGUCUAUGAAGAUCGUCACUUUUGGUUGCCGUUUUAGUUUGCUCUCUAUUCAACUCUUGUAGUGAUUCAAUUUAUUAGACGAAUUGAUAAGUUUCGCAUGAUAUUAUACCACAGAGGUCAGGGAGCUUUAUUACUUGAAUCUCGGUAGCUCUAUUGUUUAUAUCAUUUUAACAUGUUCGACCGAAGGGCGAAGGGUGACGCUCCGCUGGAGAUCAAUAAAGCAAAGGAUGACCAGAGGGCUAAUCAAAUUGCCCACUUCCACCAAGUUUUGGAUGAACGAUACAAACAGCAAAGAGACCGACAGUCCUGCCUUACUUUGCUUAAUUCCUGGGUACAAGUGAUCAUCCAAAUUUGUAAUAUGAAUUUUCAUCAACAAGGCCGUUUGCAAUGUUGUUUUUGUUCGUUUCUAGUUCUUAUGUUAAUUUUGUUUGUUCAAAUUCAUUGCUAUUGGGGUCAAUAAUCAAAACACGUUCGUGACAAAAUGACAUCAUGUAAUGCGCGUCAAUGAUAAAAAUAUUCUUGGUGGCUGACAUAACAUGUAACGUAUGAUGGAAAUUCAAUGACAUAUUUGCAAUGUUUUACUAUGUGAAAUCUCAAGACAUCCACCUCCACUCUUGGGACCAAAAUCACUUUCUUACUUUCCAUAUUAGAUUACUUCAAUACUUGCUAGUAAAAUCCCGUCCUCUUCUUUCUGUCUACUUGAAUCAAACCCUAAAAGUUGAGACAUUGUGUACAUGUACAAAGUCUAAAUGAAAGAAGACCUAGGAAGGGAUUAUUACACCUAAACAUAUAUAAACAAACAUGCACAGUACUCUGCUGUCAUCAUAAUGGCACCAGCCACACAUUUAUGCCAAUUCGUUCUUUAGACAGCACAUUGAUCAAUCUUGCCCCCUCAGCCAAGUUACCAUAAAAAAAAUCAUCAAUAGCCAUAAUUGCUACCUAUACUGUUGAGAAAACCAGUUUUAAAAAUAUUAUAGCUCAUGUUCAUUGCUCAAUUAGGCAAGCCUACCAAAAGUAUUUCACUUGCUCACUCAUAGAUUCUACUAAUUAACAAAGGUAUUCACUCUGCAACAUCAGCUGCAGGACAAUUCUAUAUGUUGGUCCAAUGAUAAUGUGGGAGAUUAAGUUCAAAUAUUGGAGAUGAACUAUGAUUAAGAAAUACUUAGCUAAAAAAAUGGGUUCCACAUGUUUCGGCUAUUUAGAGACAAGUGACCUGCUUUUGUUUAUUAUGUGAGUUCGUAUACGAAUUUGGAAAUUUUUGAACAAAAGAUUUGAUAAGGAUGAAAUGACGAUGAUGUUAGUAUAUUCAUCUGUUUUCAAAGCAUGACCGGACGAUGAACCAAAAAAGUUAAUUGUUUAUGGUUCAAUUGUUACUCAUCAUAAGAUCGUUAGUUAAGCAUUGAUAGAAUCAUCUAUGCGCGGGGCCGGAUAGCGUGACAACCCCUUUAGGGGUUGUCAAUCUCGCUUCCCCCUUCCUAGCCCUUCAUCCCCUUAUAUCUCCAUCCGACGAUUGAUGAUAGACAGGGGCAAAAAAGAGAGCUUCCACACUGGAUCCAGCUCCCAUUAGUUCUCUAACGUCAGGCGCGUUUUGAAAAGGCAAAGAAAUCGGUGGUGGAGAGAAAUUAGCCACCCUCCUCGGCGAACCAUUCGUCUCCCCAAAACAGCCUGUACAUUACUCCACUGAAACCCUUUUCCUCCGUCUUCUCCCAAAGCAUCCCCUUUCAGCGUCUCGGAUCGCUUUUCUCCGCUUUUCUUGAUAGCAACUCGUCCGGUCCCGUUCGAUUGCGAAGACUUUGUUUUUCAGAGCAUAGGUAAUUCAGGUAAAGCAAAAAUUUUACAAUGUAAUUUUCAUUCAGCCUCCUUUUAUGCUUGCUUUCCCGCCCCGAUUCGUCGGCUCUAUCGCUCCUCUCCACUUCUUCAUCUUUUUCUAUUCACUUCUGGUUAUCCUAACUAGUUUUUUUCUCCUUCUGGUUAAGCGCAUAGGCGAACAUCCUUUCGCCAUCGUUCCUUUCUGCGGCCGUGCAAACAAUCCCCGGUGAGAUUUCUUUACACUACUGCUUUUGUUUUCCGAAUGCAAUGUUGGAAUAAGCCACAUGAAGGCCUGUCUUUCUUGUGUGGUGUGUUUGUUUGGUGUUGGUAUGAUCCAUUGGUAGUCUUAAAUUCGUAUAGUGCUAGUGGUAGUUGUGUUACUGGUACCCAUAACAUUGAUAUGCUAAUAGUGGUGGUUUAAUGGAAUGGUAUAACUUGUUCUAGAUGUAGUGAUAGUAAUACCAAUUGAUUUGUACCAGUAUCAAUGAAUUGAUACCAGUACACACUUAUUGGUACAAGUACCACUUAUGGGGGCUUCAGGUACCGUUGUAUUUGUUUCGGUAUGAUUGAAUGGUAGUUUUCUAUUGGUACCAGUUGUAAUGGUAAUUGUGUUACUGGUACCAAUGACAGUGGUAUGCUAAUAGUGGUAGUUUAAUGGAAUGACACAACUUGUUCUAUCUGUAGUGGGACUGGUACCAAUUGAUUUGUAGUAGUACCACUAAAGAGUAACCAUUACAUACUGAUUGGUACCAAUAACAUUCUAGAUUGUUAGUAGUAGUAUUGUACAGUAACAUUCUACGUUGCAAGUAGUAGUAGUAGCAGUACUUGUAGUGAUAUCAUUUUAGAAGUGUGGAUCUCAGUGACAAGAUAACAUUCUAGAUUGUUAGUAGUUGUACAGUAACAUUCUACGUUGCAAGUAGUAGUAGUAGCAGUACUUGUAGUGAUAUCAUUUUAGAAGUGUGGAUCUCAGUGACAAGAUAACCCUCUUGAAGUUUUGAGUAAAAAUUCGUACCAAGCAUUUUUUGUUGUUGUUGCAGGAAUGGCAGAACAAAGAUAUCAGUUAUAUCAUCCGGGAAUACACACAACCUGAUGGUUGUGCAUCUCAACAGGUAGCAAUACGCUUGGGGGACUCAAGUGAUUCGAGUGCUGGGCCUAGUAAAAAACGACCACGUGAUGAGGAUACAAAGAGUCGCAACAAGAAGAAGAAGCAAUGGACUGUAGUCCAACUUCAAUCAUCGAGAUUAUGGAGGCCGGUAUUUCGGAUGAGAAGAAGGUUGGGCUAGGUUGGGCUAGGUUGUGUGUUGGAUUUAAAGAGUAACAUAAUUGCUUCAUGUACAUGUCCAAGUAUGAAGAAGUUUAUGGGUAUUUCUUGUCUUUAAUUUGAUCUUGGGUAAAGUACUAUUGCUUACAUUGACACAAUUGGUUUGGUGUUUGAUUGUGAAAAUUCAGUACCUUCUCCACUGGCUAUAGAAAUAUCCCUUCACUGGUACCAAAUCAAUGGUACUGUUAACA